GGCUCUUCCGUUUGCUAUGAAACGGCUCUGUGUGGCCGCAGUUUCUUGAGAGGAAGUCGAUCUUAGCACGGCGGCAGAGAGGGGAAGAAAGAACAGGAGCGAAAGGAGCGCCAUGGCUCGCGGUCAGCAGAAGAUCCAGGCCCAGCAGAAGAAUCACAAGAAGCAGACAGAGAAGAAGAAGCACGGCAAUGACCAGAAAGCUGCUGCCAUGGCAGCCCUCGUCUUCACCUGUCCGGUCUGCAAGACUCAAAUGCCUGAUCCCAAGACAUUCAAGCAACAUUUUGAGAGCAAACACCCCAAGUCCCCAAUGCCUCCUGAGCUAGUGGAUGUACAAGCUUAAAGGAAACUGCUCACAGGCUUGGACUCAAAUUCCGGUGACAGGAUGCACUUAAGAACUGGACAAAUCUGCAAACGAUGCGAACAAGGACAGACAUUUAAGUUGAGCUGUACUACAGACCACUAAUUCUUCUUUUUGUAAGGGGGGUGGGCGGUUGGGGGGUGAGGGUGAGGAGGAUAGGAGUUUGUUUAGGGAAGUGGGUAAAGUAAUAAUUCUGUCUCUCCUAAUCAUUGUUACCUUCAGCUAUUCAUACCAGCUUAAAGCCAAACCCAACUGGCAAAUACUCAGAGUAGAUGUAUUUGCACUUAUCCUGCCAAAAUAAGUCCUGCAAUUUAAUAUUUUGGUAGCUUCAGGAAAGGGGAGGGGAGCCUGUCUGUAAAUGAACACUUCCUCUUUCUCGUAUUUUACUUUCUCUGCCCAAGAGCAUUCUUGGUGUAAUGAACAUAAAACUUUUUUUGAUACUGAAAUAUUUCUACUACAAUGGGAAUAGUAAAGAAAGAGGGGGGGAUGCAUAUUUUAAUAAGGAAGCAAUUGUUUUAGAUUUCUUUAGAAGUGUUUGUUUCUUUUUUAAUUUUCAAUUAGUUUAGUAUUGGUACAAACAUUGUUUAAUUUCAGUGUCUUCUGGGGCAAAGUACCUGUCUGAGGUCUAACCCUCUGGGUGUUUCUUUUUGGAAAGGGUAGGGUAUAUGGUACACCUAACUGAAAUGUUUAGUUGGCAUAUGAAUAUCCAUCAAAUGUAAUUAA